GGGAGGAUAAUGGCAUCGGUCCUGUCCCUCUUCUCGGGCGCCUUUGGGGCUUUUACAGUGUGGCCUGGCGCUUCGCAGAGGAUCAUGGGACUUAGCCUGACAGGGGCGGUGAUGUGGGCAUUUGAGUUAUGUGUGAGUGCCCAGGUAGCAGUGGCAGUGGUAGGAGAAGGUGUGCGUAUGUGCCAGCACAUUGGGUUGUGCCAAGUGCAUCUAUAUUGUUGCCAGGUACCAGGCUAGGCACACCCCUGAGUGUUUAAAGGGAAAUGCAGAAACAAAAAUAAAAUCAGUAGUAUGUAUGUAUAUGGAAUAGAAAGUACUGAGGGCUUAUAGUCUCAAUAGGCUAAAUGAUUCCUGGGUCUGGGAACCAUACAGUCUGCUUUAUAUGUGGUUUGGACCUGCCCAGUAAUGCAACAGUUAUGGAGAAAAGUCCAUAUUAGCUGCCCAUAGGCUUCCACUGGGGGUGCGAUAGGCAGCUGGGGGGCAGUACAAUGGCAUCUGUUGUUUGGAGAUUGUCAUGGUAUGAAAAUAACUAUGAAGAGCCAUCACCAUGUCUGAUUCUGACAUCUUGCACUUUCGGUUUGAGCAGCAAGGAGAUGGUGUCCUGCACAAGAUGAAUAUUUUGAGGGAACAGAAUUUGUUUUGUGAUGUUUCCAUCUACAUCAAUGAUGCUGAGUUUCAUGGCCAUAAAGUUGUCUUUGCUGCUUGUUCUACGUUCAUGAGGGACCAGUUCUUGCUGAAUCAGUCUAGGCAAGUGCAUAUAACUAUACUGCAGAAUGCGGAGGUAGGGCAAAAGCUACUGUUAUCCUGCUACACGGGAGUCCUGGAGGUGAAAAAGAAAGAGCUUUUAAAAUAUUUGACUGCAGCUAGCUAUUUGCAAAUGGUGCACAUAGUUGAGAAAUGUACAGAUGCACUUUCUCAGUACUUAAAAAAUGAGCCAGAAACUCAGCCCUUAUCAAAGGAUCCUUCUGGUCUUGCUGAGAUUGAGACUGCAGACAGCCUGGACAAAGACUGUGAGAUUAUUGAACUGUCUGAGGACAGCCCCUUAAACCUAGAUUUCCAGGUCAAGAAGGAAGAUAACGAACAGGGGCGAAUACACAGCCCCAUAUCUGAAAAAAAUGAUAUCUCAUCUGUGGAAAUUGACUACAAGGACAAUGACAUUUGUAUUUUCAGGAUGGACUCUCUUCCCGAGAGUGCUAGCAAUGCAGACACUGAACAGUUCCCCCAGCCGUGCACCUCUUCCAAAUCAAACAUGUUUUUCUCCGAAACCCAGCACAGUUCAAUCAACUCAACUGUAGAAAACCGCAUGGUUGACGUGCCUGAAAAUCAGUUUCAAACCUUCCAAGAAGGAGGGGAUCCAGGAUCUGGGAUGGUGCAUUGCCUACAGACAGUGACUGAAGGAGUCUCCUCAUGGCGGCACCAGUGCCCCAAGUGCCCUCGGGGUUUUUUACACUUGGAGAACUACAUGCGCCACCUAAAGAUGCAUAAACUGUUUCUGUGUCUGCAGUGCGGAAAAACAUUCACUCAGAAGAAGAACCUAAACCGGCACAUCCGCGGCCACAUGGGUAUCAGGCCCUUCCAAUGCUCCGUUUGCUUAAAAACUUUUACCGCUAAGAGCACUCUCCAAGAUCACCUGAACAUCCACAGUGGCGAUCGGCCAUACAAGUGCAAUUGCUGUGAUAUGGAUUUUAAACACAAAUCGGCUCUAAAAAAGCAUCUCAGUUCUGUUCAUGGUAGAGUUGGAGGUGAAAAGUCAAAUUUGGACUCGAUUACCAAAAUCACCAUAGACUAUGAUUAGAGUGUGUGUGUGACUGCAUUUAUAUCUUGGAUUAUAGAUCCCAAUGUAGCACAAACAAAAUAUGUCUGAUCAACCGUUUUAAUAUUUAGAAAGUUGGUCAUGCCGUGUUUUCUCUAAAAAUGGAAAGAUACAGCAUGAAAGCUUUCUUUUUUUUUUUUAUUAAAAGGAAACCACUGCUCAAAAUGGGGAAAGUGCAAAGAUGUCCAGAGGGUUAUAUUGGCCAAUAAUACUGAGCAAAAUUUUUAGAUCGGUGAGUGGAUUACACUUCCUGAAGAAAAACCAUCAUUCUGUGUUUAUAUUCCUUGACAGUUUGCACACUACAAGGCACUGUUGCAUUACUGUCUGGCUCAUAGCCAUCAUAGCUGCUCCCUUACGCAUGCAAAUAUCCAUAAAUGUGGCUCCUUAUGCUUAAUCAUUCAAACGCAUUUUGCUAAAACUCUCAAACACACAUUUUAAACAUUUUAAUUACUAUAAAGUACUGUGUAACUUUUUGCUACUAUGUAACUAGAUGAUCAUGGUUACGGUUUGAUGAAAGACCUAGGGGCCAAUUUAUUAAGCUAUCUUUUUACCUAGAGGUGCUUACUGCUCUGUUUCUAUAGAUGUUAAUGGGAAUUAUAACAAGCAACUUUAUUUAUUCAUUUCCCCACUUUAUUAAAAUAUUUUGGGGUUUUCGGCCUCAUUGAAAAUGGACAGAACAAUGUGAUUUUGGAUGGUGUGUGACUUUUCUUCCUCGCCAAAAUGCGACCACCACUAUUCGGUUUGAGUUUUUUCAUAAAUAAGCUUCAGGGGAAAAAAAGAUUGUGUAAAAAAAAAAAAAAAAAAAAAAGUUGCGUAAGUUUUGUUGCAGUUUAAUUUUUACACAAAAAUGAGUAAAUAAGCCUUCCAACAAUGCUAACAGAUUUCUGAAUCCAGAGCCACAUUUACCACAUAGGCACCCUAGGGCCUGUGUCUAGGGGAGGUAGCCUCCCUCGCCUCUCCCAGAUACUUUCUGGCUAAAUGCAGUGGCGGAGCUGCAGGGUAGUGAGGUCCAUUUGUAUUCCAUGAUUGGUGCAUACACUGCGCUGCUGAGCUUAGGGUGGCACUGGAACUUUUUAUAAUGCUGUCUAAAUCAUUAAUCACCUUCAUGGAAGAAGUGAAAUAUUCAGUUUAAGCCUACUGGUAGACAGGAUAUUUUGCUGCUUGUUAUUUAUAAAGCUACCAAGUGAAUUCUAAUAGACUGACAUUCAUCUAUCAAUCUGGGUAUUUUAUGCGCUGCUACCCUACGGAGAAUAGUGGUGGACAAACUGCUGCCAUCCGCCUGUCACCACACCUUACUGCUUAUUAUACCAGCAAAUGACGAGCACACACAGGUGUACCUCAAUGGCCAGAUGCUCCAGCUAGCAUUUUUUCGCAUAUGUAGUUGCCAUUCAGUAGAAUAAAAAAGGAUGGGGGUUGUCUGCCACUGUUUUGCGCCUGAGGGAAGCAGACUCUAAAUAGGGAGUACAUUUUCUGACACCCCACAAAAAAAAAAAAGAAAAAAGUGAAAGAGGGGGCUACUUUUGUAGUAGUACCACACACUAGAUGGGUGAUUUAUUUAGAUCAUGUGAGUAACACAUCCCUGUGUUGAUUUUAACUACUGAAUCACUGCACAUACUGAGGCACCAGGGUAAGAUUGUCACAUUAUGUGAUUAGAAGGAGAUAUACAAAUGUGCACUAGUGGGUUAUAUUUUAAAAAAAUGUGUAUAAGGACUGACACUCUAAAAGGAGAGAGAGAGUCUCGUACAUUUGAUAAUCUUGGCAGUUACAAACAUUCACCCUGCGUAAGUCUAAAGCUUCUUAUUUCUUAAUUGCUCAGUUCUUAUACCAGUUCUGUUAUUGAAGCUUUAUCCAUUGGUUUGUGUUUGAGGGUGUUACUCACAAGUUGCUACGAGUACGGGCACAGAAACGUUUAGCUUAGACUAAAUGCACAAAAAAACACUCAAAAACACCAUCUAAAUUCAUUUAGUUGCAUUCAGUGUAGAAAAGAACAGAAAGAUGAGGUUUUGUAAAAAAAAAAACAAUAUUUAUUACAUAUAAUAAAUAUAAAAAAAUCAGAUCCUCACAGAUUGCUAGAUAGGAACCACACGGACCAACUGGCCAUACACAGGUAGAUUAAAGAUGCUGAUUUGACACUUUUAGGCCAAGUUGUGUAUCGGGCCCUUUGACAGGCUGAAAAAAAUGGGCAGAUAUUGAUUGGUUUAGAAAUCCCAUCAGGGCAAAGAGCACAUCAGCUUUUUAAUGUGGUUCUUGCCCCAGUGGCCUGCAUUCCAGUCUUUGUGAUCCAUUCAUUUGACCCAAGGGCCAAACAAUCAUAUUAGCCCAAUACUGCUCAUAUAGGGGGGAGAUCUGCUUGUUUGCAGAUUCUCUACAGAUUACCUUGCUAGCCAUACAUUUAUAGCUCUUUCCCCAACAUUUCCACCUUGAGGUUGGCAGUAUCAGGCCAGAGUCGCCAUAUUUUCCUGAUUUCCACCCAGAUAUCAGUUGGGAAGGCCUGUCAGAGGGCCCCAUAGAUGGGCAAAUAAGCUGUCAUGGGCAAAUAAAGCAACAUUAAGGGUCCCAUUUUCUAACAUUAGUGUUUUUUGUUGUUUUCAUAAAUUGUGGUUUUUAGUGCUACAAAUCGUGGAUUUUUCUAAUUAGCAAAAAAGCUUGUGAAAAAAACAUGUAAAAAAAAAAAAAAAAAGACAAAACUACACCAUCUAAAAGCUAUCACGUUCACGUAAAAGGCUAUGGGUGUUGUCCUAGUCAAACUGUUACAAUCCUUAUUUCAUUUGGGGUUUUUUGUUUUUUUUUGUAAGUGCACAAAAAUUCUUCCGAAAACAAAUUUUCGUUUUCAUUCUGCAUUUUAUUUUGUCUGUGCUUUUUAUAUUUGGAUCUUUUAAUAAAUGACUAGAAAUUCA